UGUAAGCCUCUCGAGGCGCCGGGAGCCGGACUUCACUGUACUUGCCUCGGAGCGCUCGGUCCUUCGCGUUUCUUCCUCCUCGACUCUGCUUCGUCUGCCUCCGCCAUGGCCCAAGCUGACAUUGCACUGAUCGGACUGGCUGUCAUGGGCCAGAACUUAAUUUUGAACAUGAAUGAUCAUGGAUUUGUGGUCUGUGCUUUCAAUAGGACAGUCUCCAAAGUCGAUGACUUCUUGGCCAACGAGGCGAAGGGCACCAAGGUGGUUGGUGCACAGUCCUUAAAGGACAUGGUCUCCAAACUAAAGAAGCCCCGCCGGGUCAUCCUGCUUGUGAAGGCCGGGCAAGCCGUGGAUGAUUUCAUCGAGAAAUUAGUACCCUUGUUGGACACGGGUGACAUCAUCAUCGAUGGAGGAAAUUCUGAAUACCGGGACACGACAAGAAGAUGCCGGGACCUCAAGGCCAAGGGCAUCUUGUUUGUGGGGAGCGGAGUCAGUGGUGGUGAGGAAGGGGCUCGGUACGGGCCGUCACUCAUGCCAGGAGGGAACAAAGAGGCUUGGCCCCACAUCAAGGCGAUCUUCCAAGCCAUCGCUGCAAAAGUGGGAACCGGAGAACCCUGCUGUGACUGGGCAAGUUCUGGGCUACCCUUUGACGACGUGCACCGCUGAAGACAGACCACCUUGGUCCCAGUGGUGGGAGAUGAGGGGGCGGGGCACUUUGUGAAGAUGGUGCACAACGGGAUAGAGUAUGGAGACAUGCAGCUCAUCUGUGAGGCUUACCAUUUGAUGAAGGAUGUUCUGGGCAUGCGGCAUGAGGAGAUGGCUCAGGCAUUUGAAGAAUGGAACAAGACAGAGCUGGACUCAUUCCUGAUUGAAAUCACUGCUAACAUUCUCAAGUACCGGGACACUGACGGCAAAGAGCUGUUGCCAAAGAUCCGGGACAGUGCUGGGCAGAAGGGCACUGGGAAGUGGACCGCCAUCUCGGCGCUGGAGUACGGCAUGCCCGUCACCCUCAUUGGAGAAGCUGUCUUUGCUCGGUGCUUGUCCUCUCUGAAGGAGGAGCGGGUUCAGGCCAGCCAAAAGCUGAAGGGUCCUAAGGUGGUCCAGCUGGAAGGCAGUAAGAAGUCAUUCCUGGAGGACAUCCGUAAGGCCCUCUAUGCUUCCAAGAUCAUCUCCUACGCCCAAGGCUUUAUGCUGCUCAGACAGGCAGCCACUGAGUUUGGCUGGACCCUCAAUUAUGGCGGCAUUGCCCUGAUGUGGAGAGGGGGCUGCAUCAUCCGAAGUGUGUUCCUGGGAAAAAUUAAAGAUGCAUUUGAGCGAAACCCAGAACUUCAGAACCUACUGCUAGAUGACUUCUUUAAGUCAGCAGUUGACAACUGCCAGGACUCCUGGCGGCGGGUGAUCAGCACUGGGGUGCAAGCAGGCAUUCCCAUGCCCUGCUUCACUACUGCCCUCUCCUUCUAUGAUGGGUACAGACACGAGAUGCUGCCAGCAAACCUCAUCCAGGCUCAACGGGAUUACUUUGGGGCUCACACCUAUGAACUCUUAACCAAACCGGGAGAAUUUAUCCACACCAACUGGACGGGCCACGGGGGCAGUGUGUCAUCCUCUUCAUACAAUGCCUAGUAGGCCUGUGGCUUGCCCUCCCUCCCAGCAAUAGGACAGCCCCGUGGCGCUCAGCACCCCCCCUUUGCCCUAGUUCCUGCUCUUAGCCAAGUGUUGGCUGUGAUUGCUGAAGAAGUCACCGAGGUCUAUAGUUUCUGAACCACCACAUGCUCCACCUCCGUCUCUGUGCUGCCCAGGACCUGACCCUGUGCUGCCACUGCGUGACCUGACCCUGUGCGCCACUGCGUGACCACUCCCUGACUGAGCCGUGCCAUGUGGACCAGACAAGCUGCAGCUCUUAGCUCACAGAGGGGGUGGGUGUGUGGGAUCGUACAACCUGGACGUGGACCAUGCGUGUGGGCUCUGCUGUCCUCCAGUCAGUGAAGUGUAUAUGGUUACACUCUCUGGGUGUGCCUGGCAGAACGAUCUGCACUGAGUUCACUAUUGCAAAUUGAUUUGUUUUCCUUUAGCCUUGUUCACUUUUAACUCCGGCUUUUUUUAAAGACUCCAAAUAAAACAGGACAGGUAGUGAGUAAAUCUGGAGGGAGGUGCAGAGCCGAGGAGUCGGUGGGCAGAGGCUCUCCUGUCGGGUAUUUCUUACUGGCACAGUAGGUACCUGGAUGUUCACAGAGCAUCCGCCCCGUCCCACUUGUAAUAAACUUUUAGACUGGU